AACAUCGUCGUACAGACUUCUUGCGAGGCGAAGCUCAACUGAGGAGGGUAUCAUGCUGACUGGCCGCUGUGGAAGACGCACUCAAGCCUGGAAUGCCACGCAGUGCAGCAUGCCGACACGCCCGAAUGGCGGUCGAUUGGAGCGAUGAUUCUAAGGAUGGCCAAUGCGGCCGAAAGCUGAGGUGGUUCUGCGUCUUCGAGGUGGGAACGUACGGUACGCCUGGCGUCCUCGAGAUGGCUCGACGGCAUGACAGCACUCAGGCGCGGCGGAGCUGGCCCACGAGUGCACGUUUUCUGGACGUGACGCGGGCUCCAUCGCCGUGAGAGAAAAAACGCAAACCGACGUUGGCAAGCAGCUUCAGCAAGAUGUGCAAUGACAAGUUCGAGCCAACGCGCAUGCCGCUGUUCGCGCUCCCGGUCAAGACGACUCCAGCUUGCGGCCCGCCAAGGCUCAAUCCAACUCCACUCCACUGCCGGAACCACGACUAUGCUCGCGACCACACGGUGUUCCACACAAAGAGCGGCCGAACAUACCUGAGAACGUGCCCCUAGU